AUGGAUAACAAUUCAAAGCAACCACUCAUUUCUUCGGGGAAUGAUGCAGAAACUGAAGAAAAAUAUUCAAUUCAACGAUCAAUUUCAUCUUUCACCGCCGACGAAAAUGACAUUCCUCCGAUCACCGGCGUUAAAGUCUUCUAUGAACAGUUCUGGAUCGAGUUCAAAAAGCUUUGGUACCUUGCUGGUCCGGCUAUUUUCACUUCGAUUUGCCAAUACUCCCUCGGCGCCGUUACACAAACCUUAGCAGGCCACGUCGGCACGCUUGAGCUCGCUGCAUUCUCUAUCGAAAACUCAGUCAUAGCCGGAUUUUCUCUCGGAGUAACGUUGGGAAUGGGAAGUGCACUUGAAACUCUAUGUGGACAAGCAUUUGGGGCUGGACAAAUCGACAUGCUUGGAGUUUACAUGCAAAGAUCAUGGAUUAUCCUCUGGACGACUGCGUUUUUAUUAAUGUUUGCCUACAUUUUCGCUGCGCCACUUCUCCGACUGAUCGGUCAGACACCGGAUAUAUCUCGCGUUGCCGGAAAAUAUGCUAUAUGGAUGAUACCUCAACUCUAUGCAUAUGCAUUGAACUUUCCAAUUGCCAAAUUCUUGCAAGCACAGAGCAAAAUGUUGGUCAUGUCUUGGAUUGCAGGCGUAGGGUUGGCUCUGCACACACUUUUUAGCUGGUUGUUUAUGCUCAAGUUGGGGUGGGGCAUGGUGGGGGCGGCGGUGGUGCUGAACGCUUCGUGGUGGUUAAUAGUGGGGGGGCAGCUAGUUUAUAUAUUCAUGGGGUACUGUGGUAGAGCUUGGUCUGGAUUUUCGUUGAAGGCUUUCCAAAAUUUGUGGAGUUUUGUGAGGUUAUCCCUUGCAUCAGCAGUUAUGUUAUGCUUAGAAACGUGGUACUUUAUGUCCUUGGUCUUAUUUGCUGGAUACUUGAAGAACGCAGAAGUGGCUGUCGAUGUUUUAUCUAUAUGCACGAACAUAGUGGGUUGGGCUGUUAUGGUAGCCAUGGGAUGCAAUGCAGCGAUAAGUGUAAGAGUGUCAAAUGAACUCGGUGCCGCUCAUCCAAGAACAGCUAAAUUUUCAGUCCUGGUGGUGGUUGUUUCUUCCUUCUUGAUCGGCCUUCUCCUCUCUCUCGUUCUCAUCAUUUUCAGGAAGCAAUAUCCUUCCGUAUUUGCAGAUAGUGCCGAAGUUAAGAAACUUGUGUACGACCUCACACCAUUGCUUGCAUUUUGUAUUGUCGUCAACAAUAUUCAACCAGCUCUAUCAGGAGUGGCCAUCGGAGCUGGAUGGCAAGCUAUAGUCGCUUAUGUGAAUAUUGCAUGCUAUUACUUGUUUGGCAUUCCUUUGGGGCUCGUAUUGGGGUUUAUAGUCGAUUGGGGUGUUCAAGGCAUCUGGUUUGGAAUGACAAUGGGAACAAUACUACAAACUAUUAUCCUCUUUUGGCUUGUUUACAGAACUAAUUGGAAUAAAGAGGCUUCUGUUGCAUCACAAAGGAUCAAACGAUGGGGAGGGGAGGAAACGCAAGAAAAAUCAAAUGAUGUACAGCAAUGA